CUCCGAUUGGCUGGCGCGUGGGGUCUCAUACAAUUUGCAUUGCUCACUUAAUAUCAGACGUUGGUUAAUACGGAGAGGGCUCCGUUAGACAGCAACAAACGGGUGAUACUAAGACUAGGUGACGUCAUGUGUAAAUGUGUGGCGACUCCGUGCGUGGUACAAAAAGCUCAAAAAAAUAUUUGUCGUUCUGAAAUUUCAUAUUCAAAAGCAAAAAAUACUUUGUGCCGGGGACACACACAUCUGAUAAAUAUUCACAGGUUGUAAGAAGGUCACAUUCACGAAUGUUUGUGUUUUUCUGUUUCGUUGCAGCUCUCGUUGUUCGAUACUUGACGCAUCGCUUCAUCGGUGACUACGAUGCUAAUUUAGAAUCCAUAUACACCCAGUCAGCGAAGAUUGACGAUCAGCACAUCAAUAUCAACUUGGUAGACACCGCCGGGGAAUUUGAUUUUGAAAGUCCAGCGAGGCAGGAGCAGAUCCGUACCUCCGACGGACUGGUGCUAGUCUACUCCCUGGUGGACAGGGACAGCUUCGAUUACCUUUCCUACAUCCAGCAAUUCAUCUCCAGAGUGCCCGGGCGUGACUCCGAAAAAAUUCCCGCCAUCAUCAUCGCCAACAAGUCGGACCUCUGCCACCUGCGCACCGUGUCGCCGACAGAGGGCGCUGACUUCGCCAAAGAGCUGGGCUGUCCUUACUACGAACUGUCCGCCAGCGAGAGUUACAUCGACAUUGGCGAUGCUCUACACGACCUGUGCCGGGAGAUUUACCGGGCAGAGAAGAGGGCAAAAGUCAAGAAGAUAUCGGCCCGGCUACAACUGCGCCAGACCAUUAAGAACUUCACCGACCGCCAUAUUUACAGAUCGAGAACGAACACGUUGUAACGUCGGUGCGCAUGCGUACUGGAGCCAAGAUGAAUUCCAUAGUUUUUUCCCCGUCGGUCCGUCGAAUUAUUCGAGUUCCUCUUCGUCACAUUUCUUGCAAGAACUUGUUCUCGGCAGUCGAAUAUUUUUCCCAAGGAUUUUUUUCUAUUUCAUGAAAUGCAUGAGAAAUGGAUACAUGUAUCUUCCUGUAAUGAAAUUCUAUGACGCUCUGUCCAUCAAUAAUUCCGUUGGCACAUAUAUUGACGAUCUAUAUUAUGCACGUUAUUUCAAUGUUAUCAAAUAUCGAAAUUCUAUCAUCUACUAGUGUAGCAAUAUAACAAUAUCCUUUCUUUAUGCGUAAAAACAGUAGUGUGACAAUGUUAGUGUCAUGAGGAUAUUGUCUUUUAUUGCAAUGUAUACAAGUCAUGUAGUCUUUUGUCAAUUCCGUAUUCAUGAUUACUUUGAGUGUUCUUAUGAUGGAAGUUGUUUAUUAUUUAUGUAAAAUGUCGCGUAUUCCUUUUAGAAAUAUAUUUUCGCACGUAUGACCAUCAUGCAACUUCUACACAGAAUGAGUCAAAAGGAAACCCAACUGUCAGGGCCAUUUUAAAUGACGUUCUGCUUGUAGAAAUUUCGAAAAUUUAGGAUAAUGGAAGCCCAAUUAAUAACUUUUCUUUUAGUACAAGAAUCAUUCAAAUCACUCAUGUACUUUUCAAUUCACGGAAUUUUAAACACAAAGACCGUUAAUUAGAAUCUUGAUAACGACCUCGAUUUCAGACUCGCAUAUUGUGCGAGAAAACAAAUUGCGACCUUUAAAUAUAUUGCGCUUUACACUGAUUACCAAUUAACUAUAUCCACGUUAUUACGUCAAUAAAUAACAAAGGACAUUCAA